AAUUAACUCCUAUGUUUACGUCACGGGUUCAGACGCCAUGUCUCGGCUGUUCACAUAGAGCGAUGGACUGCUGUUAGUUUUUAAUGGUGCUGAUUCGCAUUUGCGGAAUAUUACAGUGCAAAGUUACGUUUAAGCAUAUUCAGGGGAACUUAUUCUAGUGCUGUUUUUCGUCGAUAUGACGAUCCUACCGAAGAAAAAAGCAGCGAAAGACAAGAGCGAAUCUGAGACCACAGAACAUUCACAUUCUAGCACUGUGGGACAUCCCCACCCACACGGACACAACCAUGCACACGGACACUCAUUAAGUCACCCUCAUACUCACGGACACUACCACCAUACAAGUGCGACAGAAACACGACAUGAGAAGGCAACCCGUGGCAGAACUUCGCCUACAAGAUGGGGAACUUCGACAUCAAGAGAAGAAAAGCUUCCUCCUCGCACGCAUACAAACAACUCGGCGUUUGAGUUCGACUUUGAGGGUCAUGAUUCAGCUAGUAACCACAAAAGAAGACAUCGAUCCUCUCCACACAGAACUGUACGAAAGCACCGAGGUCAUUCUACCAACGGACAAGGGUCCCCAGGCACGAGCAGUUCGUAUGACUGCGAUGAUGCUUACAAUAGUGAAGAUGAACACAUUGCGCCAGCCAAGGUAGCAAUGGCUGAAAACAAAGAAGAGCUGGAGCGUCGUUUUGAACAAGCACUGAAGGAAAAGAGGGGAUUUGUCAUUAAAAAGAUGGGAGAAGAUGGCGCCUGCCUAUUUCGUGCAGUUGCGGAUCAGGUCUUUGGAGAUCAAGAAAUGAAUUCGGAUGUGAGGAAUAUGUGUAUAGACUACAUGGCCAAAAAUGCAGAGUUUUUUUCACAGUAUGUGACCGAGGACUUCAAGACAUACCUGAACCGCAAGCGUAUGGAUAGCUGUCAUGGCAACCAUCUGGAGAUACAGGCCAUUGCAGAACUGUUCAAUCGACCCGUGGAAGUCUAUCAGUACAGCAUUGAGCCAAUCAACACAUUUCACAGUCACUAUAAGACUGACUAUGAGCCCAUCCGCAUCAGUUAUCACAGUGGAGUGCACUACAACUCUGUAGUUGAUCCCUACAAAGCAACCAUUGGUGUGGGCCUUGGGCUUCCAGGGUACCAGCCUGGGCUUGCAGACAAGAAUUUAAUGAGGGAUGCACUGAAACAUUCAGAGGAUUAUCAUAUAGAAAAGACAAUGCUGGAAGAUAAACUGAGAGAGACUGAUUGGGAACUGACACAGGAAAGCAUUGAGGAGCAGGUGGCUCGAGAGUCCUACUUUCAGUGGGUGCGUGAGCAGGAGGCAGCUAGCCGGCAGCAGGGACCAGCUCGCUCAGCAAGCGCCACUUGCAGUUCAGCUAGUGAAUAUGCUCGGCUGGUGGAGAACAGCAAUGGCUCGCCAGAGGCAAGAAGCAGCAGGUCUCCAAGGACUCGCAGUGGCCAGAACUCUCCUCAGCAUGCCACAGUUGUUGAUUUGGCUAUACCAGGGUCAUCCAAAUCUCCAUGGUGCAGUCCCAAGCAGACUUCAGACAUACCUCCUUCAGCCCCAGAAAACCAUGUUGAAGAAGGUGCUGUAGGGGGUUUUAGAGAAACAUCUUCUCUUAUGGACCAUCUUCCACCAGCCAUGUUUGAUUGGGAGGAGGAUGAUAUACUGGCACAAGUGAUGGCUGUGUCACAUCAAGAAUACUUGGACAGCCUAAAGCGGCAAGCAUCUAGUACUGAGUCUUCGUCGACAUCGAUUGCUGCUCUUUCCCCACUAGCCUGUACUGCCGACCCAGGGUUAGAUCAAGCAUGCUGCAGUACCAGUGUAGAGACUUCACACCUGUCGUCGGAAAGCUAGUGGCCUACUUAAACUAGACUAACUCUUUGUUUAGUUAGUGUGCUUUUUAAUUAUUUUUUUAAGCAAAUGGACCCUGCUUCUUCCUGUGUCAUUUUGAUUUUUUUUUUUUUUUUUAUUGGUGGGAGAGAGGGUAUGUUUUUCCUGGUCCUUCCCAUCUUUUACUCUUAUUCCAUUUCCUCUCCCUCCCCCACUUUCAACUCCCCCGAUGUUCUUUCCAUCCUGCAUCUUAUCCAACAGCACCUUUUUUUUUUUUUUUGGAGGGAGGGGGGUGGGAUAUUGAAAGGGGAAAACAGAAGAAGAAAUAAUUUCUUCUUAACACCUUCUCAGAAUAGCAGAAGCUAAUGCACUUGCUUUUGAAGCUGGCUACAAUGCAAAAGCGUUUUGUAGACUAUUUAGGCAGUUUGUUGCAUGGCCUGCCAUUUUUUUUUUUUUUUUUAGCCAAGCAUCAUAAGAGAGGUAUGAAUGAAUUGUUUGUUAUUCUGUCCCUCACAGUUACCUAUUGUUUUUCUGGAUGGCACUUGAAGAAUACACACGGUCACCUAAGCGCCAGUGGCAAAGAGCUCAUGCAAUUUAUUCACACAUACCUCCCCAACUUUCUUUGCUAAUCCCUAAAGUAUGAUGAAAUAUCCAACAUGAUCCAGACCUUCUCCAUGGCCUGAAAAAUGUUUGUCACUGUCAGCACUGAAGAGUUGUGUGCAUGAAUGUUUUAUUUAUUUUUUUAAAGUGCAAGAAUGAAGUAGUGGUGAAGACAUUUAGGGGACAGUGUCUUGUUGGGCAUCCCUACCUGGCACUUUCUGCGAGGUCUUUCAGAUUGUAUAUCAUGCCUGUAUUUACAUAUUUUAUGUUUUGCUUGUAUGCAGUCUUCUCUGUCUGUCUGCCAUGCCUUCUGUCUCAAGUACCAAUUCACAAGAGCCUGAAAUAUUUCUGUUUGCUUAAGAUACAAUUCUGCUCUUUUUUAUUAUGAACAUGAAUAUCAGAAGAAAUUAGCCCUGUAAUUUAACAUUAGCAGAUAAAUACAUUUGUGAAGCUUUAUGACUUACUAUAGAGGAACAAGAUGUAGUUUAAUGGAUGCAUCUAAAAUAGUUAUCUCGUAUGGCAAUAAUUAUACCAUAUUUUAUAAAAAGUGUCAAAAUUAGUGCUCAAUGUGGCAUGUUUGUGCAACUGCUUCAAGCUUUGAACUUCCACAUCAACACCUGUUCUUAAAGAGAACAGCAGGAUAAUCAACUCAUUGUUGCUGGUCCCUCAUUAUCCUGGUACAAUAGGCUCUUUAAAAUGGAUGUCAUCCUUUGCUGCUUGUACAGUGUCCAGGAAUGAUGAAGAACCAUGUACAGAACUGAACCAUAUUCAUCAGCUGUUAGUUUAAAGAGUGCUGGUGACUUAAUCAUUGCAUGUCACCAAUGAAGAAGGUUGUGUGCAGAUUUAUAUCAGCACCUUAUUUUUGCAUCACGUAAAAUUCCAACCUUACACAUUCAUAAUGGCAUUGUCAAUUCUUCGGGCAGUUUCAGAUGGUUAGAGUUGCAAUAAACUGAAACUAGAGUGAGAUCUGAGACAGAAGAGUUAUUCUGCUGUUUAAUUUUGUGUCUGACAAAUUUUGCACAGGGCUCUUUUUUUUAUUAUUUUGCAGGGAAAUCAAAUGUUGAUCUUUUUUAAAUUCUAGUUGUUACAUUUGUCAGACUGUCACUGCAUGCAAUUGUUGCCAGCACAUUUUUUUUUAAUCAUUUCAUAGAUACCAUUGUUGAGCAGAAAAUGUGUGUGUAAUGAGUGGGGGUAGGGGAGUAAACCCCCAAAUGUGAUUUAAGUGUGAUCAUGCUUUCUGAUUUAAUCUAUGCACGUUUUUUUUUUUUUUUUUUUUGUGUCUUUAAUUUAGAUUUUCAUUUCCAAUGAUGCUGUUUGUCCAAGAUGACAGAUUCUUACAAAUUUCUAGUAGUUACUAUUUGACGAUUAGCAUCUGAGCAAGCUCAGUAAAACAGCACACCACUUGAGGUUACUAGUCAAAGAAAAUGGUUUGUUAAGGGUAGAGUGUGUUUCAAGCAAUACUACACAGGAAAUCCUUAGUUUUUGAUGUGUGGGAGACUAGGGGUUGGGGGUAGGGAGGUAGACUUACAUUAAAGAGUUGAAAACAAAGUGUGGGUACUACUGUUCUUGUUGUGCUAAUUUAGAAUGCAUGCACCUUUUGAAAAGAAAAAAUGUCUACAAAUCAUUAAGUGCAGGUUGUGAAAUCUCUGUUUGGUUUUGAUAGGUAUGUAAAUACCAGAUGAUUUGUCAAAACGCUGAGGUUAGACACUUUGCAAUAUCAACAGAGAGGUGCUUUAUAGACAAAACUACGAUGCAACCAAGACUGCAUUAUGUUGGUAGUUACACUCCUUUCAGGUGCCUAACAAAAUAUUUCAGACACACUUCCACCUUACCCCCACUUCAGCAGAAUUUUUUUUUAGUCAAACUGUUUAGGAAUAGUGGGAAGGUAGAAGGGUGAUUAAGCAGCAAAAAUUGAAAUUAUGGAUUCAGACUUAAAUUUCAAGUUGACAUUAUGAUCAGUAUAAUAUUCAAGUCUAUAAAUUGCUUGGACUUUGUAUGCUUUCAGUUCAGAUCUGCACAAAUAGAGUUUGAGAUGGCGCUAAUCAAAUAUUAUUUAGAGCAAAAGUGUCAGUAUAUCAUUUGCAUGCUAGAAUGAUAAACACAUUAUAGUUUCAGAGGUAUGAAAAAGCUGUUGUAUUUGGAAGGAAAAACAUUCUGGUGAUGGUUAUGUAGAGCAUGGAUGUAAACAUUUAGUGGAGAAAAGGAAACUAGUACACCUAUCUGUGCAGAGACAAGUAAAAUGUGUUCUUUUCAAACUUUUUGUACUUGCAGGACAUUUGGAUCUGCUUGUAUUUGCAGUAAAUCAUGGACAGCAAUUUUUUUUUAAGCUUUCCUAUUGGUGGGUGGAUGUGUGUAAAUGAGAAUUUUAAGCAAGGGCAUUUUGGUGCAUCAGCUUUCUGCACCAUCCUAAUAUUGCUUAUAUCUGUGGCAUGCAUAAGGAUUUAGUCGCAGAAGAGCCUUUGAUACUUGAUGUCUUGCUGUUUUGUGAAGAAUUAAAUUAGAAAAUCAGGAUCACCUCUUUCUUUUUAAGAACUGUUUUGAAAGUGAAUUCAGUUUUGUUAUAAGUUGAACAUGAUUUUUGCCAAUAACGUGUGAAAACCAGCCCCUAGAUUAUGCCUUGCGAUGGAACAGCAAAUUUUUUCAGAUGACCAGCUGAUGAACCUUUCCAGUCCAUGCAUUUCAUGUUCAUACUUUUUCCCCUUUGUGUCUUUGAAAAUUAAAAGAUUCAUAAUAUAAUGAAUACAAGCGAUUACAUUUGAACUCUUUCAUACCAAGAGUCGUGUUUGGAGGAACAUGAAUCACGUCUGCUUUUCAUUUACUAUGCUUUGAAACUGUUGUGAACACAUAUUUUCAUGGUAUGCGUUAUUGUCAUUAAUUAAAUUAUGUUACUGGUUUUUUUUCUUUUAAACAUUUUAAAGGCCAUGAGAAACAAGGCUUUAAUACUUUACCUCAUCCACUUGCACUGUGCAAAUUUCACGUUGUACACUUUGCAAAUGGAUUUCACCUGCUCGAUGCACUUAGUGAAAGAAUGUCAUUGCUUUCUGUGGUUUAAAAAAUAAUUAGUAAAAUAAGACAUUUGCAGA